CAGCAAAUUUGUUCUUUUUUUUUUUCCCUUACGGCCAAAUUUUCAACUCUAACCUCACUACCUUGCUCGUCCGUCUGCAAUGGAAGCAGCGAGAUUCAUCAACCAAAUUCAAAUCACGAAAAAUCCUAAUCGCAGAUUCUCUCGUCCUCCCCUCGAUUUCCCGCGCUUUGUCAGAGCUUCUUCGUCUUCAACCUCACAGGUUCCCCUUCUUCCUUUUGCUGUCUCACUCUCUCUCUUAUCUUCUGGUUUUGGGGGUCAGCAGGAGCCGAAAAGCUACAGAGGUCCGAAACCGAGCAAGAACUUGGUGGCUGAUUUCGUUUCCAGAAACGACGACUCGGUCAGGAGCUUGCCCAUCUACGUCGGAGGCGCUUCCCUCUUGGCCGUUCUCUUCAAUCGCGCUGUUUCCGGUAUCGCUCCUGUAGCCGAUGCUAGCAGCUCACAGUCAAGAGCGGAUCUACUGGCGCUUGGUUUGGCUGUAACCAAUUUAUUGACCGGUUUAGUCUGGUUAUCGAUCCGACCGAAGACCAUAACACCGGUGGAACCUGAAGGUGUGGACUGCAAAGUUUUGGAACCCAAUCUUCCUGCAUCAAUACUCUCCGAGUUGUUAUGGGCUUGGGAAUCUAUUAAGGUGGCAACAUGUUGUAAGUCUCUGGUUAUUGUCUACAAUGGCAUUUGCCUUCUUCAAAUCGGGAUGGCUGCUAAAUCUCCGGAUGCCAACAAAGCAGUCCUUGUCAACACUGAUAAGCUGAUGACAGGAUCGGUUUACCAAGGGGUAUUCAAAUCCAAAGCACAAAGUUACUUGGCAAAUCUUUCUCUAUAUCCUGGGAGAUCAGAGCUACCAUUUCUGCCUCCAAAUACACAGGCGGUGAUUUUGCAGCCGCUUGGUGAUAAAGGAAUCGCAGUUAUUGGCGGAAAUACGAUCAGAGGCUUCACGUCUUCAGACCAGGCAUGGAUUUCUUCAAUUGGGGAGAAGCUAGAUGCGACACUGGGGAGAUGUUUUCUUGAUUCCGAUGAGAUUUCCCAAGAAACAGAUCGGUAAAGAUGGGCAUUUCGUUUGUGGGUGCCGUUUUGUGUUAUGGUGCGAGACACUAACAAAUCAGUGGAGAGUACACUGAAUGAUGUCUCUAGACAACGCACUCGUCUCCCCAGCGACUGCAUUUCGUUCUGGGAGCUCUCCAUGAAUCGCUGAAAGAGAUCUACCAGACUAGACUGUUGUUUUUCGAUCUGAGUGAUCUGGUUUCUGAUCAGAGACAAUUCUUCUUCUGCAUUCUUUGUCUGAGAAGAACUACUACUCUCCUCUUCUUCAUCACUACUCUGAACAACAGCAACAACUUGUGACUUAUUAGAUCUAUUCUCUUUGACCUUUGGCUUAGCCGGAAACAGAACUCUUCUAGUCCCCGAUGGCCGCUUCUCUUUCGACUCCGCAGCUUCAUCAUCAUUUAACUUUGAGCUUGUUGGUACGUUUGGAUUAUUUUCUUUGCUUUUCAAUGUGUUGAUUCCUUUUCCUGUAGAAACUGAUUUGGAGAGGGAAGAUGAGUCUGGAGAAUCAUCUCCAAGUUGCUUCCAUAAACUCAACGUAUGAUUCAUCGUCUCCCUAACAAGCUUAACCUUAUCAAAUCUUCUGCUCUCAAGAAGAGCAAGACAUGCCUUCUUAUACAAAGGAGCUAACUCUUCUUCAGCCGUAGCUACUCUAGCCACGGCCUCCGCAGCAGCUUUCCUCGCAUGCCAAUCAUCGCUGCUUAGAAACUCCAACACGUUAGGUAAAAGCCAAUCCAGAACCGCCUUGUCGCUGUUUCUGCCUCCAAUGGCGCCGAUUACGCUUCCUAUGGCUCCUAGAAGUUCAGGUUUCGCCUUGAAACCUUCCGAUUUGAGCAACUUCCCGAUCUUCGGAAGCGCUUUUUGCAACUGCUCGACAUCAGGAUCAUCAGCCGCGUCUAUAGCCGCCGCAAGGCACACCGCGGCUCCUAUCUGCGCGUUGGCAUCGCAGUCGUGGAUCAAGGCUUCGAUCAUUGGUCCGGCGAGGACAGAGAAGGGCAGUUCGGUGAUGUUGGUGGUCAUAUCCACGGAAGCGGUUGCGCAAGCGGCGCGGACGGAGGAAUCAGGAUCGCGGAGACGGCGGAGGAUAGUGGAGACCAUCUUCGGGAGGUGAGGAGCGAGGGAGUCUCCAUGGGAACGAGAGAGUAAGGAGAUGAGCGAGACGCAGUGUUUCCUAACUGGAGAUUUCGCUGAAGAGUCUGUGGUUUGGAGACAGUUUAUGAAGAGGGAGAAGGCCUCCGGUGAGAGGUUGAGAGCGAUUGAGUCGAGCUCUGCGGCGGCUAGAGAUUGAGUGUCGCGAUCGGACAGACGGUUGAGACAGGCGAUGACUCGCUGCUUGAGAUCAGUAACCGUCCUCGGCGGUGAAACAGACGGAGACGAACGCAUUUGAACGGAAGGCAUAAAGUUUCAAGCAAGAAAAAUAGGUAAGGAAAUAGAUAUGGCGGCAGAAAAAAAAAAAAAAUGGGCAAUGAAGAUGAAAGUUUGGUUAGUACUUGCCUUUUAAACAAGACUCCUCUUUGCCUUGCCUUUUAAACAAGUCCAAUUUUCACCCCCCCCCCCCCUUCCAACCAAAUUUUUGUUUUACAUUUACUCUAUACAAAAUUAUAUUAUUAUUAUUUUAAAAUACUCAUAAAAAUAGAUCCCCCAAAAAAUUCGUGAUAACUCCAUAAUUUCCUUUUUCGUAAGAAAAUUUCAAAUAUAAAUUAUCAGACAACUGCUUCUGUUUUUUAUUAAUGUUUUAUUAUUACAUCAAAAUAGAUUUCUUUUUAGUAUACCAACAAAGAUUCCAUAACGUGGGCAGGGAAUAGUUACGUAAAUCUUCUGUGUAUUUCUAUAAUAUUAUUUGAUAAAUCAGUUUUUUAUGUGUCUCGUUCACGUUAAUUCUUACAGAACUACUCUUAAUGAAUUAACCUAUUAUUUCAAAUUAGCAUUAUUAAAAAUAUUUAAUAAUUUAUUCCAUUAAAAUUUUUGUUUUCCUUUUAUAUUUUGUUAAAUAACAUAUAUAAUAAAAAGGAAAUAUUCAUAUAAUAAAAAUGAAAAUAAUAUUUACAAAAACGAAAAUAGUUUACUCCAAUUUACUUUUUAAAUUUUAGUUUCCUUUUUUUAUUCUUUUCCAAAUAACAUAUAUAUAAUAAAAAGUGAAUGUUCAUAUAUUAAAAAAAUGAAAAAUACUAUUUACAAAAAGGAAAGACAAGUUAUUUUAUGAAAAUAUAUUUUAUAUAAUGUGAUUUCAUAAAAAAAAAAUUCACAAAAAAACAGUUUUGAUGUUAAAAAAAUAACAUCUCUUUUAAACAUAAUAUUAAACAACAUAAUAUAUAUUAAUUAAUAAAAAUAUUCUAUUUAUGUCAAUCAUUUUCUUAGAUUUUUACAAAAGGUAAUUUAAAUAACAUAUACUAAAAUAUCAUUGAUGAACUAAAAAUAUUUUAUAAUUGAUACGAUUGAGAUGUUUAUUCAAUUUUACAUAAUUUCUGUUUGUUAAACUUUUAACUAUGAGUUUUCAAAAUUUUACAAAUCUACAAAUAUCAAAUUAUACAAAAGAAUUUACAGAAUUAUAUAUAUAUUUAAGAUAAAAAGCUGAACUAACGAAAUCAAUUAAAUCAAAUUUAGUUUAACUAGAAUCAAAACUAAUUGUGCUUCGAAUUGAAGAAAUAUGUGUAAUUUAAUAUUAUCCACAAAUAAGUAAUUUAAACAAUCUAUAUUUUUAAGUCAAAGACCAAAAUAUAAAUGUAAAAAUAAAACUUAAUCAAAAUAUUAAUCUAUAUUAGCACAAAAAAUACUACGGUUAAAUUUGGAGAAUUAAAUACAAUUCAAUAUACCAAACUAAUAAUCACAUCAUCGACUAUAUAUGUUAUAUAUUCAAAUUAUAUGUCUAAUUAAAAUAAUAUAAUGUUAUAUAAAAUAAAUCAUACAUAUAAAUUAAAAUUAAAAUAUUAAUAAAGAUAAUAUAUUAUUUGUAUAUAUUUAUAUCCGUGCAUGAGCGCGAGAAAAUCACCUAGUUAAAAUUAAUGAUGGGGAAAUGUUGGGGACUUCAUUAAUUUCAAAUAACUAUUAUACAGUUGCGACUAAUGUUUUAGGAUAAUUUUCUGUUUAUUUAUCUGAUUGCAGAUCAGAACUUUAAACCUGAAUUGGUUUACUGAGGAUCAGUAAAUGCAAACGUGAUUCAAAUAUUUCACCCAAAAAAACGUGAUUCAAAUAUCAAAGUUUGCAAGAAAACAGAAAUGUAUGAAAAAUAAAACAUCCUUUUUCUAUUGUUUGGACAAAAAUAAAUAUAUAAUAAAGUGUAAGUUGUAACAAAGAGGUUUUUUUUUUCACAUUAAUCUAAUCUAACAUGUAUCUUCAUUUAGACUCUUAAGAGCACCCACAUUAGUGAACUUAUGGGGGGGUUCACACAGAUUCCAAAAAAAAAAUAUAUAAUAAAAUAAUGAAUAGUGAUGAACUUGUCUCUCUCCACUUCUUCUCAGUGAAUCGGGUUCAUCACUGUAGCGCGGGCCCCACGGCACGUGGCGGUCCGCGAUUGGUCCGUUUAAUUUUUUUUUUUUUUUUUUAAACAAAAAUCAAACAGAAAAAAAAUAUAAUAAAAAAAUACUUUGUGAACCCUUUUCAUGGGGUUCACUAAUGGGUGCUCUUAAGGAUUGAACCAUGUCAUAUAGCACCACUAUCAUCAGUGCCUUAAAUGUCAAAUAUUUUGAUAGAGAACAUAACCAGAGUAAACCAAUAAGAUCGGGUUAACAACCUAAAUGAGUGGAAUUGUAUUACCCUCUUUUUCCCGUUUACCUGUUUCCUAAGAUCCACAAUUGAUCCCACUUUCCUUUUUUCUUUGUGUGUAUUGAAAUCACAAGUUAUUAUACUUAGAAUUCAUUUGGAGAAAGGUUACAGAGAAUCUAGAUUGGGACAUCUGUCAUAUCAACGAAAAAUAAAACUAAGAUUAGGCGGCAAUUUACUAUUUUAUUACAAG